AUGACAGGUACCGAGAAAGUCCUCGUCUACGAGUACCGUGCCGGCCGCAAGGACGAGCAGCCACAGAUCAUGACCGUGUCCGAAGUCGACGAGAAAGUCCGCAAGAGCUGCGGCAGUAUCCAAAAGACCGUCAUGGACAUCACUGGCAAGAGCGUCGUCACCGUCCGCGAGAACGACCUGCGCACGCCCGAGCAGCAAGCGGCGUGGAGCUCGAAGCCGAAUUCUGAGGCGAAUGUGGCGAGUGUGACGAUCCCGUUCAUGACGAGGCUGGCUGGGAAAUUGACAGGGAGGUACACGGAUCUGGUGAUUUUGAGUGCGGCAAAGGUUGUGGAGGGGAAGUAG